AUGUCCGCAUUUCUAAACUGUGAUAGGCAGUUCGUGGAUGUGACGCAGUGCCCAAAGAUUCACCCACGAGAUAUCGACAAGUUUAUCCCAUCGAAUGUCAAGGUAGGAAUGGAGGAAGACGACGCAGAGGGUUGUGAAUUGUUGUGUGGGUACUUUUCGAGUGUCGAUGAUGAAGAUAUCGACGACACGGUGACGUAG